AACUUCCAAAACUGUCCAAAGCCAAGAAUGGACAGCAACCUUCAAAUAACCAAUUUUGGUGGAUUUUCGUCCUUAUCUUGGUUUCCACACUUCCACACUUUUUGUACAGCAAACAAACUGACUUCUCCAUGGAGGGCAGGAAUCAUGGUAACAUGAAGCCUCAGCUUUAUGGGAUGCAGCUCAGUCGACAAGUGAGAAGAUUAUCUAUUCAAACGUUCCGGUCCACUCACCUGAACCUUCAUCUGGUGGUUUGCUUAGACUGGAUAGAGCAACUAUUCCAGUUGCAUGUCAUUAUGAAAAGUUUCAGGAGGAAUGCUGUAGAUGGCAUUUCCCUGCAUCCCACCUGGGUUCCUUCUGUCUCCAGGGUCUCUGCAGAGGAUCACAUAGACUUCAAUCUGCUACUCAUGACUGAAAAUUGGCAGUUUGCGAGGGGAUCUUAUUCUUACUUUCUUGGUGACCCCAUUCAUUUUCAAGUUUCUGCCAUCAUUGGCAACCACAUGCCCCUGAAAGUUUAUGUUGACCACUGCGUUGCCACAGCAAAUCCCCAUGCAGAGACUACAUUAAGACAUGACUUUAUUGAAAAUCACGGAUGUCUUGCCGAUGCUUACCUUACAAACUCCAACUCCCGUUUCCUACCACGAAUUGAAGAGCACAAGCUGAGGUUUCAGUUGGAGGCCUUCAGGUUCUACCAGGAGCCCAGCAAUCAGAUGGCGGUCAGUUGACGGGACGACCAGGCAUGUAGAAGCUGCGAUGUCUCCCAUCGGGUUGCUCAGCCUUUGCCCACAGAACACCCCAAAACUACCAU